AUGAAUCAACUCCAUUAAUUCGAGUAUGAGAAAUCAAUUUUUAAAAUGACCUGCAUAAGAAAACAUCUCUUAAAAGAUAUCACCUACUUUUUGUUCUUAUUUAAAGACUAUCUAAUUUUGAGUUAAGUAAAAGAUAAAUUUAUUUUCAAGGAACAAAAUUCAUAAUAACCGAAAUAUAUUUUUAAGAUAAAUCUUGAUACAAAAGUGUAUUGGCAAUAGGAGAAAUAAAUUUAUCACUAAAUAGGAUUGGAAUAUAAAGGAGAGGUGAAAUAUUUUAAUGGUGAUUGUGAAAGUUUAAAGUAGCUAAAAAUGUUGCUAAGAAAUAAAGUGAUGUAUCGUGAUGUGAGUGACUACUACAUACCUAUCAAAUAGUUAGGAAGAGGAGGUUCUUCAAGAGUAUACUUAGUGACAGAGAAAUGUACUAAUUUACAAUAUGCUUCAAAAAACGUGGAAAAAAGAUAUUUGAAAGAGGAUGGAGGAUUUGAAGCACUAUUUAAUGAAAUUAAUUUGAUGGCAACAUUAAACCAUGAAAAUAUCGUGAAAUUGGAAGAUGUUUAUGAAGGAGAGAACACAUUUUAUAUUAUUUUGGAAUACUUAAAAGGUGCUUCACUUCAUGAGAUGAUCAAUAAAGGAAUUUUAUAAUUAGGAUGGAGUGAGAUAAAAUCCAUAAUGAGGUCCUUAUUAACAGCAGUAGUACACAUGCAUUCCUAAAAUAUUAUGCAUCGAGAUUUGAAGCCUGAAAAUAUCAUGUUUAAGAAUUUAAAUGAUAUAAGUGGAUUAAGAAUUGUAGAUUUUGGAUUGGCAACAAGUACAACUGUAGCCAGUUAUCCAUUUCCAAAAUGUGGUACUCCAGGAUACGUGGCACCUGAAAUAGCAAAUUUGAAAGACCUUUCAAAGAAAUAUGAUAAAAUUUGUGACAUUUUUAGUGUAGGUUGCAUUUUUUAUAAAUUAAUCACUUCCAAAGAUUUAUUUCCUGGGAAUGACUAUCAUGAAAUCUUAAAACUAAAUAAAAAGUGUGUGAUAAAUUUAGAUUCAUUGAGCAUCUACUAAACAUCUUAAUCAGCUACAGAUUUAAUCUUUUAGAUGCUUUAAAUUGAUCCAAAAAAUCGUAUUACUGCACAAGAAGCAUUGGAACAUCCAUUUUUUACAGAACCAUAUUAAGAUAGAAAAAUAAAAUUCUAAUCCUAAAAAAAGACCUUAAGCAAUAAUUCUAAGCCUUGGCAAACGUUAACAUUUAAGCAGUAAAGCUCGGAUCGUUUAUAAUUACCUGAAAUAAAUCAAGAUGUAAAGAAUUAAGAUGAAGACGAUAUUGGCAUUGAAGAUGAAAAAGCCGCGAUUUAAAUACUGCCCAUCAAUAGUCCUAGGUUUGUUCAAUAAGCAAAAAUCAAAAAUCUAGCUUUAGCUGAAGGCUCUCCUAAGGAAAUGCCUAAAAAAAGUGCCUUAAAGAAGUUCUCUACCUAAGAGUUUGAACAUCUAACUCCUGAUACACAAUCGCCUGAUUCUGGGGGAAUGAAUUUCUGCAAUAGUCCCAAGGUCAUCCAAGAUGCUGCUAUAAAGAAAACUUUUACUUUUUCAAAAUAUAAUUAAUAAUAACAAGCAAUCGAUGAAGUUGAUGAUGAAUAAAAAUUAUGA